CUGGCUUAUAACAACAUCAAACAAACAGUACCGUAUAAUGAUAUAAAGGUAGCUCCAUCGGCUAUACUAAUGGCGGACAAGGCGUCGUUCUAUGGCUGUAGAUUCAUCAGUGUCCAAGACACACUUGCUGACUUCGUUUUUGGAUCAAACAAGUUACUUGGUCGCCACUGCUUCCACAAAUGUUACAUCGAAGGUGCCGUUGAUUUCAUAUGGGGAAGAGGCCAAUCUAUAUUCCAAAACUGCGUAAUAAAUGUUAAAGGAGUAACAUCAAAGAAAAUGGUGAAUAACAGAUAAAUGUUAGCAGGAUUCAUAACUGCGUAAGGGAGGGAAAGCGAGCAAGACACAAGUGGAUUUGUGUUCAAUAAAUGUGUGAUCAAAGGAACUGGUAAGACAUUCCUGGGAAGAGCUUACCGAGGCUACUCUAGAGUUGUCUUUUAUGGAACACACAUGUCGAAUGUCGUUGUUCCUCAAGGUUGGGAUGCUUGGCAUUAUAAAGGCCAAGAGGAUAAAUUUAUAUUUGUGGAGGUAAACAGCACAGGAAAAGGAGCAAAUAAGAAGGGAAGAGUUGGGUGGGAGAAGAAUCUCUCAGCUAAAGAAGUUGACUUUCUCUUAAAUCCUAAAACUUUCGUUGAUAAAGAUGGUUGGAUGGCCACUCUUCCUUCUUCUCUCGUCUCUUUAUAUUAA